AUGACGGAGGCGAAGCCGCGGCUGAGCGCGAUGGAGGACACCAUCGCGAAGAUGCUCAUCUGCAAGGUGCACAUCGGGACGAAGAACGUGGAGCACAAGAUGCGGAGCUACAUCUACAAAGUGACGCGCGAGGGCGUGCACCUGAUAAACCUGCGGAAGACGUACGAGAAGCUGCAGCUGGCCGCCCGCGUCGUCGCCGCAGUGGAGCACCCCGCAGACGUCCUCGUCGUCUCCGCCCGCCCCUACGGCGCCAGGGCCUCCCUCAAGUUCGCGCAGUACACGGGCGCGCAGGCCGCCGCUGCGCGCUGGACGCCCGGCAUGCUCACGAACCAGAUCACGGCCAAGUUCAGGGAGCCGCGGCUGAUUGUGGCGACGGACCCGCGCACGGACGCGCGCGCCGUCAAGGAGAGUUCGUACGCGAACGUGCCCGUCAUAGCGCUUUGCGACACGGACUCGCCGCUCGACUUCGUCGACGUCGCCAUUCCCUGCAACAACAAGGUCGGCCUUCGGGGCCUUCGCGGCCUUCGCGGCGCUCGGCUGUGGACGAACGAGCCUUGGGGGUUUCCGCCUGUGCGGGCUGUUUGCCAGGGUUUCCGCGUUUUCCGAGGGUUUGGGGGGGGGUGCGAGGGUUUGCGAGGGUUUCGGGUCUAG